CUUGACUUCCGGCUCGGCCGUCGUCACGGGGUUCAGGCAUUCUCUAUUACUGUUGAAUCGUUGAUUCUUGGGUCCUUCCCUGGCUCCGGGCUUUGCAUUUCACACCAUUUUCUCCCCUCGCAAUCUCACCGAGCUCCACCAGAGUGUCCAUCCACAAAGUAGCAGCCAGCAUGGCGGAGCGGCUUGGUUCCGUGCCGGAGGAGAGCACCACCGGCUUCACGGCUCCCUUCCGGCCGCCCAACACCUACCGCGACCGGAUCUGGUCAGUCCCCGUACUCGGAGCGCCCACACUAUGGACUAUCUCCCCCCUUUCCCAGUCCGGCCAUAGCGGAUCCAGCUACUCAAGCUCGGGUGCCUCUAAUUCCUGGCAGUCCAAUAACUCCGCCAGCUCCGGCGGAACCGCUCGGGCCUUAGCGGACAAAGACGAGCUCAGGAAGAUCGCUCACCAGAUGGUCAUAGACGGGUACGCCAAGCGCAUGGUUGAAGAAUUCGUCGCCGCAGCUCCUGAAAAAUUCGGUGGUAGCCCGGACCAUCCCCUGAAAAAUUGGUUCUCGGAGCUCGACGUCGACUGGGUUCUCCAAAUCGACGACGAGCAAGGCUUACGGCGGCUGCUUCGAGACAAGCCAGCGACGACGCAAGACUUGGUCCAAAAGUGGAUCCGGGCUCUUACCGUAAUCGUCGCCAGUAUCACCGAGUUGGUAUUCGCCUUCCACUGGAACUGGAUGCCGUCGGUCGCACUGUUUGGCAAAGCGAGCAUCACCGAGAUGCUCGGCGUCGUGGAUGUCAUCGUCACCGUCCUCGAAGGGGAGAGGCUACAGGCCGUCCUUGACAUGUUUACCUGUGUCUGUGGUGCGUCGCACAUGUUUACGGCGGUCAUGGUCUCUCGAGAAGGCCAGGGCAUUUUCAACGAGAUAGGCGGCCUGUUAGAGAGACUACGAAACAGACUCGUAGCAAGCACGUUGGAGGAGGUGAGGACACUCGUGGAGGAAGAUGACUCAUGGGCUAUAGAGAUCCCACGAGGAGGAGGCGAGGUUCACAAGAACACUCGCUUCACCAUGGAUUGCAUGCUAUCCAUGAUAAAUGCACAGACUUCAACGCGACAUUUUGCACCGAGCCACAACUCUGAAAACCACAUUGGUGGCCUGAUCGAUGGCACAAUCGAUUAUCUCAACGGUUUGCUCUUCACAAAAUCAGAGUCAUGCUCGGAUCAAAGCCUCCGGUAUCUGUUUCUGCUCAACAAUUCCUAUUUCGUAGCUCAUGUGGUGUACGAGUCAUCAGGAUCGUUCAUUCCUGAUGUUCCCUGGGACCUCACACUUAAGCUUACGCCUGAAUGUAAGAAGUACAUGGAUAGUUACCUCAAUGUUUCCUGGGGACCUGUGCUCUCCUGCAUACCAAAAUUGAGAUCUCCUGGGUUGAUCCAUCGUUUGAUCAACACCCCUUCACUGGCCAAAUUCGAGUCGGCAUUUCACAAAACCUACCAGGCUCAGAAGUUCUGGAAGGUUCCGGACCCUAAGCUCAGAGAUGUACUGCGGAGGGCUAUCACUGAAAGAGUCAUUUCAGGUUACCGCGACUACCUGGAGGAGCAUCCGGAGCUAGAGAAACACGUUGGCCGCGAAAGCAGCAGUCCGGACGGUUUAGAGGAGAUGUUGGGAGAACUAUUUGAAGGAUGAAAGCUGCUCGAGGCAUCACAGUCACCUAACAAACCAGAGGCUGGAGUGAUGUUUCACCCUUGUAUUUGGAUUCUUUUUUCCCGUUCCUUUUGUGAUGAAGUUGUAUUCUGAAUUCCGUUGGCAGCUUCAUAAGUGUCA